CUAAUAUCUUUAUAGUGAAAUGUUUGUUUAAACAAAAUACACAUACGUCGAAUCGCAUAUAUUUUUUAUUGUGUAGUCAUAAGUGUUGAAAAUUAUUUUUCGAACGAAGUAGUUAACGAUCAUGUUAAGAUUGAAAUCAUUAAACAGAUUUGACAUUCGUAAAAUGAUUCAUACAAUACGUCCAGACCCGAGUACUACGGACUUAAAUCAAUUACUUGCACAGGCUAAUGAAAUAUGGGAGAAUUCAUUUUGGGGAGUAUGCAGUAAUGAUAUUUUAGUUAAGGAUUAUCAAGAUAAUGGCCUGUUCACUAUAGACCGACCAAAAACUUUUAAUAGUAUUACACCAGGAAUAUCUAAAAUAAUAAAUGAAACACUACAAAAGUGGAAACAUAAUAAAAAAUUAAUAAUGAUAGAAGGAUCUGGCGAUAAGGCAUUUUGUUCAGGAGGAUAUCUUGGAAUGCCUGCAGCUUAUCAACAUUUAAAAAAUGAACAUUAUAAUAUGCAUAAAAUAAAAACAUUUCAAGAAUAUUAUUCACUGAGUUAUAACAUUGGUACAUUAAAAGUACCUUUCAUAGCUCUGAUGAAUAAUAUAACAAUGGGAUUAGGAUCUGCGAUAUCUUUACAAGCUAAAUACAGAAUCGUCACAGAAAGAUCAAUUUAUGCUAUGCCAGAAGUUUCAAUCGGUUAUUUUCCUGAUGCUUCAACUUGCUAUACUUUUUCUAGAUUACAAAAUCAUAUAGGUUAUCUUUUAGGCGUUACUGGAUAUAAGUUAAAAGGUACUGACAUCGUUCAUUCUGGUAUAGCCACUCAUUUCGUUCCUUCAGAAAAACUAGAUAAUUUGAAAAAUGAAUUGCUUAAAUCUGAUGCAUCCAAUAUAGAAGAAAUUAUUAAUAAAUAUCAUGUUAAUACAUCAAAAAAUGAUUUUAGCCUUAAUCAGUAUUUAGAUAUAAUUGAAAAUUGUUUUUCUGCUCCUACUGUCGAAGAAAUCUUAGAAAGAUUGAAAAAAGAUAAUUCGAAAUGGUCCAGAAAAAUUAUAGAAAUGAUAAAUGCAGCAUCACCGACUUCUUUAAAGAGUGCUCUUCUUAUUAUUCAAAGAGGAAAAAAUCUUGAUCUUGCUGAUUGUGCAAGAAUGGAUUGUAGAAUGGGUCAUAAUCUACUUGUAGAAGGUUCUGACAUUUUCAAAGGUAUUAAUGUUGUUCUUUAUGAAAAAGAUAGAAAACCAGAAUGGAAUCCUGCACGGUUAGAAGAUAUACCAAUGGAAAAGAUAAUUCAUUAUUUAGAUAAUGUAUCACCAGAAAAAGAAUUAAAAUUAUAAUAUAAAAGCAAAGGAUUGACUAGA